AACAUGGCGAAGUAUGCGACUGCGUAAAUCAAAACACAACAAGAGAUUGCCAAGUUUCUGGACGUAGAACUUCAAUCAAUGGCCAUAACGCAUGUUCUGAUCACCGGCGAUAUUGGGCAGUUUUUCAAAGCGUUUUAGAACAGAGAAAAAUGGCAAACAAUAUUCCUACUCCCGUUUCCUUCUUUAAUACUGGUGAACAUGAAACGAUAGGAUAUCAACUAGAUAUUGGAAAGAACAUAAUUACUCUUCCAAAUGGAGUACCUCUAAAAUUUGCGGAUAUCAUUGCACUUGCUGGGGAUUAUUAUGGCAUACCAGAUUCUCCCAUUGCAAAUCCUUUGGAAAAUCCAGGUCAGCCUGAUCCAGGUGUGACAAAAAGAUUCAAGAAUGCGUACUCCACGUUGGCAGAAACUCCAUAUAAAGGAAAAUAUAAGGAGCAACUGGACAAACUAUUAAAAAUGAUCAAAGACGAGAUGCUUUGCAAAACUGCAGGAUGUCAUCACACUGACAAAGAAUGGGACGAGGCAACACGCGGAAUAUGGGUGGGUGGAAUACCCGUGGUUCCUGGGAGAAUGCUUUUACUUGGAGAAAAAAACUUUGAUCACUUUGAACCCCAUGCUAAGAUGGCCUAUCUUGCUGGACACGAAUACUCCAUUCAGAAAGCAAGAGAAGCAGGACAAAGCAGUGAGAAAGAUCGAAAAAAGUUGCUUGAUAUGGCGUACUCAAUUGAAGCGUUUGCCCUUCACUUCUUUACCGAUUCAUUUGCAAGUGGACAUAUUAGAACACCAAGAGUGGCGUUACCAACAAAUGUUACACCAAGUUUAACAGGAGAUCUUCUGUCCAAAUACAUGCAUGAUGAAGACAAUAAGUUUGGUCUUCGUGUUACCAACGUACGUGGUGAUAAAUGGAUUGCUUAUGGAGAUGGAAUGCUCAAGAACACAAAGGAUGAGAAAAAUUUCAAAAUUGCUGUGGAAGCAGCACAAGCAUCCGUUGACCAAGUAGUCAAAGCGUACAAAAACCCUGAUGAGAAAAUAGAUCCAAGUGCAGUCACUGAUCUCUUACCAUUUGUUGACGAGAGUGAGAAAAACAACACACCAUUGUUUCAAGUCAAAGAUGGUAAACUUCAUCGUAGAUUAGAUAUUAAUAAUCUUCAAGAUAAGAAAACCAUCACGAACUGGUGGGGAACAACCACGGCUGUGAAACUACAUUGGUCGUAUAAACCACACAAUUCUGCCAUAUAAC